AUGCUGGCCCGAACACCAGCCCCAGACCCCAGACUGCCCCAGGUGCUGGUCAGCUCUAAGUGCGGUCCCGGGCACAGUGGGAAGGUCAUGGGGGCAAAUGCAGGUGGAGCCUUUGAUUACAUCGUACUCCAGGACUCAGGCACGCUGCGUGGCCUGGCCACGAAGCGGGAGAAACCAGGCUGGGUCCCGGGCCACAAGGCACUGCCGCCCCCUGGUGGGAACCCACAGCCAUGUGGACCUGGAGGGACAGGGCGGGGCUGUGUGCCUGGGCUGCAGGGCCCUGCUUGGAUGGGAACCCUCCUUGUCUCUGGAGGCCACAGCAGAAGGCACACCUGCCCACCCACCCACGGCAUCUCCACCGAGGUGCACAGACACAGAAACAGCACGGCGCCGCAGGAACAGCUGGGCCGGGGCACCUGGAGGUCAACAGGAUCCUCUCCACCUCGUGUCAGCCAAAGCCACACCACCGACAGCGCCAGCCUGGGGAGCGCCCCCCUCGCCGCAGCAGGGCCCCAGCCCGAAGCCCCGAGAGUGCUCAGGAACCUGCCAGGCACUGGGCGGGAAGGACAGGCGCUCAUGGUGGUCUCGCCUGUCCCCACAGGGCCCUCACUGGGCCUCAGAGCUUCCUGCAAGGGCCCUCACAAGAUCCACUUUUAUAGACAGGGAAGGAAGCACGCAGGGCUGAAGUGGCCCAGGCAGGUCAAUGAUUAGGUCGUGGGUCCGAGA